AUGCGCAUACUCAGCCAGACCUGUCGUAUCCCAGCGGCCUUGUUUGCCGUCCUGGCAUCCAGCACACCUCUGUCGGCAGCGGCACAGAGCCUGUUUGACUACUCGAUGCAGGUGCAGGACCUGCGGUUCGAUGACUACUACAAGUACAUCCGGUAUCAGGAGGUCGCUGGGGAGCUGAGCACGAGGUUUACGGCGUGGUAUACGGCGGGGCUGUUGUACCGCAACCAGGGCAAUGAUGUUGAGAAUGCAAAGGCUGCGAUUGAGAAUAUCCUCCGGGCCCAGAUGACUGCAGAGUAUGACUCUGCCUGGUAUGGAACGUAUAAAGUCACUCUUGACGGCCCAGUGCCGACAGACAAUUCGUCCUACUGGCCGCCUGAGAUAUAUACCACAUAUGAUCCCAACUGGAGGGAAUUCGUCGGCACCCAGCUCGUCCAGGUGGUAGAGCUCUACGCAGACCUCCUAGGCGAUGACCUGGUCAGCCGCAUCGAGGACGCGCUGGAGAUGGCGGCAGUAGGCGAGAUCCGGCGCAACGGCAGCUACCCGGCCGGCGACAACCUCAUCCUGGCCUACACGAACCCAGGGCUGAUGCGGUGCCUGACCGUCGGCUGGAUCGGGGCGCGGCGCAACAACGCAACCUACAUCAACUUCGCCAACCAGCAAGGCAACGCCCUCCUCGCCCUGUUCCGCGCCAACGGCUCCAACACGUUUGGCGAGUACAACGCACCAACCUACUACGGCAUGGACAUCUGGGCGCUGGCGGCCAACAUCGCGUACGGCCCCGCCAACGCCACCAUGACCAGCAACGCGCGGUACCUGCUGACGCACCUGUGGGAGGACAUCGCGGCGCACUACAACCCGUACCUGCGCAACCUCGCGGGGCCCUACGACCGGGCCUACACGCGCGACAUGACGGCGCACUCGGCGGUGCUCUCGUUAUGGUGGUGGGGGCUCUUUGGGCGCGAGUACGGCGGGCAGCCGGUGCUGGGCGAGGCGGACCUGCUGUACGACGUGGCGCAGGGGGCGGCGCUGGCGCAGGUCGUGGACGUGGUGGCGGCGCACAUCUCGGACGAGGCGGCGGCGGCGCUGCAGGCCACGGGAAAGUGGGAGGGGUCGCGGCUGCUGAACAGGACGGUGCGGGAAUCGCUGGACACGGACGUGCUGCGGGUGGCGACGUCGUGGGUGUCGGCCGAGGUCAUGAUGGGUGCCGAGGCGCUGGCCGAGACGGUCAACCGCGGGGCGCAGUUUGUGCCAGCCAUUGUGCACUGGGCGUCGGACCCGGCGCGCACGCCGAGCCCCUAUGUGGGCUUCUUUUCUCUGUACCCGUCUGCGUCGACGGUGGAUGCUGUCGUGACGGGGCCUGGCGCGCUGGCGGUGUCGUAUCCCAACACCACGCAGGCGGGCACCGAAAUUUUUACGUUUGCGGUCAGUGGGAUCCCGCCUGGCUGGACGCUGGAUGGGAACCGGGUCACGGGGCUGGAGGGUCUGCCUUGUCUGGCGGUGAAUGUGUCGGCGCCUGGGCUGGUGGCCUUGCCUGUGACGGCUUCGGCUUCGGUCUUGGAGGAUCAUUAUUAUUAUAACGUUUCGUGGGUUGUGCCGGAGGGGUUUGAGGGCGUGCCUGGGGUGAGCUUGGAGGUGGCGUAUACUUGUUGA